AUGGGCAAGAUGAAAGUGUCUUGCGUUCUCUCAUGGCUAUGUUCAUGCCUGGCCUUGUGGUCAUGUUCGUUGACUCUACGAGGAUGUGAGAUUAUCGAUGAGGAUCCUGGCUCAACAACUGCCGCCAACUUGACGACUGCCGCCCCCACCCCGACCAUGGCAGAGACCACGGUCACAGGUUCUGCGCAAGAGACCACGGCGCCGACCACCACGACGAGCGCCACGACGACGUCGACGACGACGACGACGACAGGUACCACGACGACGACGAAGGCUCCACUUGGUGUUUGCUGGGGUGGUCAGAAGUAUGAUGGUGCAGCCGGAGAGUGUUCAGAGGUUGAGCUGAGAGGUGCCACGCGGGUGAUCUCAAACACCUGUGCCUACGUCGCCUUGAAAGGUGGUACAGGUGUGUGCUGGGGAGACAAGUCUUGUGGAGCAGAUUGUCCAAACAUUGACUUUGCAACAGAAGUCUAUGCCACGGAGCUUGCUUUUCUGGCCUUGAACACGGCCGAUGGGAGCGGCGUUUGUUGGGGACGAGAUGAGAGUACCAACUAUUACGGAGAGAACUGCUCCGGCCUUGACUUUACUGGCAUCACUCAUGUCUACAGCUCAGCAACAGACUUUGUGGCCUGGAACAGCAAUUCUGGCACCGGCUUUUGCUGGGGCAGAAAUGGCGGCUGUACCGACCAGGACUUCACAGGCAUCACCCAGAUCUAUUCGUCGAGCAAUGGAUUUAUCGCUUUGAAUCGCAAUGCAGGCACGGGCUUUUGUCUCGGCAAAUUUGCACAUCGCCACUAUUGCAGCCGCUAUGACUUCAGUGCUACGGACUUGGAAGUCUACGCCUUCGACGACGGCUUCGUUGCCGGGCCAGCCGGUGGACAAUACCAAUCAUCCACCAUGGAUGUAGGGUCGCUGGCUAGUGGCAGCUUGACGGGGACCACGCACACCUAUUCCACCGAUAAGGCUUACCUGGCCCUGAAUAUGAAUGCUGGAACUGGCGUUUGCUUCGGAGAUGCGAGCAAAGGAGGAGAUUGCUCCCAGAUUGACUUCACCGGUGUGACCAGCGUGCAUGCCACGGAAGGAGCCUUCUUGGCUUUCAAGAAGGCUUCGGGUACCGCCACUUGCUGGGGGGACAUCGACUGCAGUAGUGUGGACUUUACCGGCGUCACAGACGUUUACUCCACGAUCCGUGCCUUUCUCGCCCUGAACCGCAACAGUGGAACGGGUGUUUGCUUUCCAACGGAUGCCAGCGAUGAUGAUUGCUCACAGAUCGACUUCACUAACGUCAGCCAUGUGCUUUACACUCGAACAGGCUUCUUGGGCAUCAAGUCGGAUCAGCCUGAUCGGCUCAGUACGGCAGGAUAUCGUGAUCACUUUAACCCCUUCGUGGUUCCGUCAUGA